AUGAACGUCGAAGAGUACUUUCCAGAAGGAUUAUCAGUUAUACAUCACGACGAAAGUCAACGCGAAGGACGGUCGUCGCACGAGCUUCAAGAUACUCAAAACCCUGCAGCUCUACACUGUCAUAUCUGCUAUAAAAACAUCAGCGGCCCAAUAAACAAUAUGGAUUUCGUCAAACCAUGCAAUUGUCAGUUAAUGUUCGUUCACACAGAAUGCGCAGCUAGGAAUAGAAAGAAGUUCGGGGAAGCGAAAUGUAGCAAUUGCGGUCAGGAGAGCACAAUUCAACGAACAGCGAAGCUCCGCCGAUCGAGGAAAGUUGAGCAUGGAAUCGGCUGUUGUUCAGAUAAAGGGCCACUUUGCAUGAUUUGCAAUGACAAGAACCAUCAGUACAAACCACAUCAAAAAGACUCGGAAAGAAAUUUAGGAUGCAAAAUCAAACCGUGCUUUUGCAGGAAGGUGUUCCAUUUCGGCUGCUUACGCCCAUUGAUUGAAGAGAAGCCGUUGUGUUCAGAGUGCAAAGUUAUUUAUUCCGGCUUUGAACCCGCCACUGUCAAGCAGUUUUUCAAAGCCAAAUGGGCCUGGUUUAUCUUGUACAUCGUGGUGUUGUCCCUUUUCUCUUCUCUACUCAUUUUUGCUGCGAGAAAUUCCUUGUUAUUUACUACCAGAAGCAGCAAUGUGGAUAUGAUCGACAAGGAGAUCAUUCUCUCCAUUCUUGCCGUGUUCUUUUUGAUUGUCAUUAUUGCCACCAUGUUCAGCGUCAUAAGAUACACCUUAUGGAUUUCUAUUCCACAGUUCAAAAUCAGAGAGGGUAAAUUUAUUCUGAACCCCUUCAAAGCUCUCAAUCAAAUGAAAUCGGAGCGAAAAAGUUCUGAUCGCGAGUCUGAAAAAGAUUUCGAGAACAUACCGUUGAACGAUAUGAGAGAACAAGCCUCAGUAGACGCCGAAGAUCCGGUCGAAGGCGCUCGUAACUGCGAGGCCGACGAUAUGACUCUGGGACAACACAUGUUCGGAAUUUAUGCAACACAUCAUUCCUCUUCUACUCCGAUCGAUAAGCCAUCACUAGGAUUUGUUUUCAACUCAGCAUAA